AUCGGAAAUCGAUCGUCUUCUUCUUGUUCAGCAAAGAACAAGUCAACGUACAUGUCCAUCAUUGCAAUGAGAUGAGCAAUCACAGCAUAGUAAGAGCAACGAGGCUGCAUCGAUGAAGCGGCACGUGCAUGCCAAACCGAAGCGCGACGCUCCCUCGCAAAGCCCCUCCAUCUGCCAGCGACGCUGGAGACACGUCAUGGACACCAAUCACCACAAACUGCAGACGAUGACACACGGGAAACCCCUCAGCGGACGGAGGGGGCGGGGCUUCCUCCCCUGAGGCCUCUUGAGGCUCCUUCGCCUCUGUGGGCUCUUCAGCAGCUGUCUCAUCAGCCUUGUUCUCGCCCUCUCUGUCCGCCACUGCAUUCCCAAACUGCUCACUCAGACCCCGUCCAUGGAAUUUGUUGGGGUCAAAGAGCUCACACGGGAGGCCGCCAGCCUCGCCCCAGAAUUCCUUCACGCUCCAUUCAGCAGGGAGGGGCUCUGAGGGGUCGUACGCGUCAAAGACAAUUGCGAGAGGUCUCGCCUCCUCGAGAGCUGCCGUGAUGCUUUUGCGGAAGAGCCCCUUCCAGUCGUGAAGCCGGGCCUUCAUCUUCGCCGCAUACUUCAUGUGCACUGGCAGCGGCUCUUCGCCUGUCGCCUCAUGGAGGGCCGUGAGCGCCGCGUCAGUGUCAGAGGAGAUGACGAACGGGAUCUGGUUGGCCUGGUAGCUCCCCAUCAAGGAGUCUAGCAGUUCAUUGGGGCCGCUGGCGACAGAGACGGGCAAGAGAGCGUCAGGUGUCAGGCGGGCGCCCAGAUGCAUCAUGCCCCUCUUCUCGGCCUCGUGCUCGGCUUUCAGGAAGUUGCGCCAUUUGCCCUUGUGGUCCUUCAUCCAGUUCUGAUAGAAGACUCCUGUGUGGAGGUCGCCGCUGCUCUCGACCAUCUUGCCGUGGCCGUGCAUCUUGCCGUCCUUCCACAUGCCCUCGUAAGUCGACUGCCCGUUGGGCCACCUGAAAACCCCCAGGCCAUCGAUUCUGUCCGCGGCAAACUCGCCCUCAUACCUGACCAACCAAAACACCACACAAGGACACACACACGGUGCGAAGUGCGAUCUCUUCCUGCAUGAACCACGUGCGUGCCGCCUCACCGUGAGCCAUCCACGAAGUGCAUGACGCCAUUCCCCUGCAUCGUGUCUUCGAAGAACUGGCCCUCGUAGCGACUGAUGACGACCGGUUCUUGGCCAUCCUUUGGCUGACCCACCUGCAGCAGCACGCCGCUCCCAUGCUUGAUAACCUUGCCGUCCACCAACUUGGACUCCCCCUCGAACACAGCACCUCCCUCUCGUACUACGCGUAUGGCGAUUUCUGGCGGUGGGGGCUCUUCUUCUUGUGGAGGGGCCUCCUCCAAGACCUCCUUCUUCGGGCCCAUCCUGAAGUUUAGGACAUCGGCGAC